AUGGCGCCACAGAUGUUAGCGACGAUGCUUGUGGCCGUAUCGUGGAGCACAGUGUUGGGGCAGCUUCGAGGCCUGUCCGCCCACACGAACGAAACCAACUCCACGGAACAGAGAGCUCUCGGCUUAGCUUCCGGGCACAUCUCGGGUCAUCCCGACCCGAGUAAGCAGUACCCAAGCUACCCGGGUUUCACGCUGGCGCUCGUGGAGGAGUUCGACAGCCCUCUGGAUUUGGACAGCGAUCCAAUCUGGACCUGGUCGGACGGUGGUCUCUUCGAAGGCGACGUGCGCUUCGUGAAGCAGCAGAUCCGUUUUGAGGACGGCAAAAUGAAGAUCACUGCCACGAAGAACCCUGGCUAUUCUACACAGGCCUGCUCGCAUGCCGAGGUGGGAACUGUUGAUCACAAGCCGCUGGUGAGCGGCGAGUUCCGCUCGCGAAGAAAUAUCUUCCGCUACGGGCGCUACGAGGUGCGCAUGAAGGCUCCGGAUGUGCAGCCCGGGAAUCCAGAUGUGGACGGGAACUUUGUCGCCACCAUGUUCAUUUUCCGCGAUGCCAAGUUCCGUCACUGGCGGGAAAUUGACAUCGAGGUUACAGGCGACUCCCCCAACUCUGUGACGACCAACGUGCUCCGUGCCGACAACACCGAGUUUUGGAGACCGCAGAUCGCUUCGGUCAGAGAGACCAACGUACAAGGUAACGCACGUGCCGAGUUCCACACCUACGGCUUCGAGUGGCUGCCCGAUCGCAUCACCUGGUACAUCGACGGCGUUCCCGUGAGGAGCCACUACGGCGGCAACCCACCGAUUCCGGACAAGUCGGCCAAGGUCAUGAUGAACUUGUGGAUCUUUGGCCCAAAGGCCAACUUCGGAGGAAGGCAGAUCGACAACAAUCGAUACCCUAUGACCAGUGAGUACGACUGGUUCCGCUUCUACAAGUGGGACGGUGAGACGACCUAUCCAUGCCAGAGCUUUUCCACUUCGUGCCUGUCGAGCGAUGACAGGUAUCUGGAUGGCAACAACCCUUGCGAUGGGCAGCCGAUGCUUGGCAGUUGGAAGGGCCAGGGUGCAUGCAGUGCAUCCUGCCGAUGA